AUGGUGGGCGCAAUGCCUGUAAAUUUAAUACCAAAAUUUUGUAAUGGUGCAAUGAACAGUCAUAAUGGUGACGAUGAUGAAAUGCAGGUGACGAUCGGUUGUAGGAUCAAGAGUAAUGAUGAUUUUGGUACUGUUAAGUACAUAGGUGAUGUCCAGGGAUAUAAAGGCAUCUGGUAUGGAGUCGAAUGGGAUAACAUAGAACGUGGAAAGCAUGACGGAAGUCUUGACGGUAUCCAAUACUUCAAAACAACUAGACCAGGAGGAGGGUCAUUCAUCCGCCCUAAUAAAGUUUCUCCUGUGAGAACCUGUGCUGAAGCCAUUCAAAAGUACUAUGGAGAUCGUGAGGAUGAGACAGUAGCUGCUCAUCGCAGAACUGUUAUCAAUGAAUGGAAAAGAGAAAUGGGUGCACCAUUUAUUGAAAUGGUUGGUUUUGAAAAGAUACAUCAAAAGCAAAAGUUUGACCGUCUUCAAGAAGUGUGUGUUCACGAUCAGAAUGUUGCAAGGGCUGGUGACCUAGCAACUCUGUGUCCAAAUGUGAGAAGUCUUGAUGUUUCACAAAAUCUAUUUGCAAACUGGCGGGAAGUGAUUAAUAUAUCUGCACAGCUACCUGAAUUGAAUGAAUUGAAUAUCAGCAAAAACCGUAUGGCAAUUGACAUGCCAGAAGAAACAAUGCUACAUCUCUCUAAUAAUUUUGCAAGUUUAGAAAAACUCAACAUAUCUGUUUGUGACUACAAUUGGUUUGAUCUUCUAGCACUCUCUCACCUUUGGCCCAAUAUCAAUGAAAUCAUAGCUGCGUAUAAUAGGAUCAAAGAAAUAACGCCACCAGAUGUCACUUUGAGGACUUUAUCAGUUUUACGUUUAGAUGGCAACCCUAUUGAUUCAUGGGAAGAAAUUAUUCAUUUGGGAAGAUUAAGAAAAUUGAAUGUUCUUAGUUUAAACGACUGUUUGAUUGAAAGUAUCCGUUUUAACAAUGACCCUGGCAAUGCAAAAGAUCUAUUUGAAAAUUUGGAGGUUUUGUUCUUAAACAGAAAUCGAAUUCGUGAUUGGCAGUCAGUAAGUGAAUUGAACAAAUUAAAGAAUCUCAAAAAGCUUUACUUCCUGAAGAACCCAAUACAAGACUCCGAAGACUAUGACACUGGCUCACAACUGAUUAUCGCUAAAAUUGGGACUUUACAGGAACUAAAUGGAUCUAUAAUAACUCGUGAGUCACGCCGUGGAGCCGAAUAUGACUAUUUGAAACGUUAUGGAGCGGAAUGGAAAUUAGCUCAAAGUGACACUUGCAAGAAAAAAGCUUUUGACUUGGAGCACAAUCGUUUUCAGGAGUUAAUUGAUAAAUAUGGCAUUCCCGACGACAGCCUGCUUGUUAAGCAACAGAAGAACAUGACACUGACAUCACAGCUUUUGGAAGUUACUCUACAAGAUGAAAAUGGCAAAGUAUUAAAAAAGAAAUUUCCUUCGACAAUGGCAGUACAAAAAUUGGUAACACUCGCUCAACGACUUUUCUCAAAAGGCAACACCAAACAUCCAACUUUACACCUACUAUAUGAUAAAGACAAUGGCUCAGAAAUGGAACUGGACAAUGUGAUGAAAGAUCUAGCAUACUUUUCAGUUAAAAGUGGCGAUGCAAUAAUUGUCAGAUUUAGAUAA